GGGAGGUUCUCGGUCAUAAAUCGUUACUACUAACGAUUCUGCACACCUCCCUCACACACACACAACUCCCCGUUCGUUUUUUUCCAUCAUGGCUCCCUCCGCAGACAGGCUGGGAUACUGGGGGCGGCCAACCUCAACGCUAGAUUGGUGUGAGGAUAAUUAUGUCGUCUCUUUCUACAUCGCAGAAUUCUGGAACACUGUCAGUAACCUGAUUAUGAUCCUGCCUCCUAUCUACGGUGCCAUCCAGACAUAUAAAGACGGCCUAGAGUUCCGCUACGUCUACUCUUUUCUGGGACUGGCAGCUGUUGGCAUUGGUUCCUGGUGCUUCCAUAUGACGCUGCAAUAUGAGAUGCAGUUGCUGGACGAGCUGCCAAUGAUCUACAGCACCUGUGUCUUUGUCUACUGUCUAUAUGAAUGCUUCAAGCAAGAAAACACUCUGGGUUUAUUUCCUAUCACAUUGUUAUUGUUCUUCAGUGUCUCAGUCAGUGUGGUGUAUUUACAAUGGAAAGAGCCAGUCUUUCACCAGGUCAUGUAUGGUGCACUUGUAGCCUGCUUGGUGAUGCGUUCUAUCUUCAUAGUUACAUGGGUGUACCCAUGUCUCAAACCUAUUUGUUACAUCUCCCUGAGUGUCUUCCUGCUGGGAUUCCUGUUGUGGAACAUUGAUAAUCUGGCAUGUGACUCACUCAGAUCCACCAGACAGAGACUGCCCCCUGUUGUUGGGGCGGUGACACAGUUCCAUGCCUGGUGGCACAUCCUCACAGGCCUGGGCUCCUACCUACACAUAAUCUUCAGCCUCCAGAUAAGGUCAAUCUACCUCAAACACAGACCAAAAGUAAAGGAAAGUUCUCCUGCAACAGUGUGAUCAAAUGAAGACCCCACACCUGAAGAGUGUGAGGUUUUGAGCAGAAGAUGACUCCGCUAUCUCCCCUCUUCAGUGUGUUGUUGUUAAGUUGUCCUGUACAGUCCAACAACACAUUGGCAGGCCCUGUGGCAGUGACAUGUUUGAGUUUGGGGUCAUAUUUAUACUGAACAUUCCCCUUGAAGAAGUAGAUUAUUUAUGUUGGGAAUAGAAAAUAUAAUUGAGUAUGUGGAGUGUGAUGAUAUUCAAAAUCAGGCAUAACUCAAGUUCUAUCGUAUGCAUUUAUGGACUGAGGGUUACGAUAAGGACUUAUAAAUGUAUCAGAUUUUUUGGGAUGCAAUUUCUAUACAAUAGCUACCUUUCAUAUACAACGGCUGCAUCCAGGGGUGUAUGUAUGCCUGGCCACUGUUGGGCAGUAGCUUGGGGAGAGCCCUCCUCCAACCUUCUCUGCUACUCAUCAUACCUGAAGAUAUGAAAAAUGUAUGCACUCACUAAAUGUAAGUCGCUCUGGAUAAGAGCGUCUGCUAAAUGACUAAAAUGUAAAUGUAAAAUGUAAGAUCAUUCAGAAUCAGAACUGCCCUCAGGUUAUGAUACACAACAGGUUUAUCAAAUUAAGAUCCUACAUUUGUAUGGCACCACAAUAUCAACAAUAACCUAACACUUGUCUACAAUGUGUUCAAUCAGUUUAUAUGUGGAGUGUGGCCCAUGUUGCACAUGGAUGCUCAGAAGACAAGCUGAGUGGCUGGGGACCAUGAAGGAGGGUGACUGCCAUACAACAGGCAUCAGCACAGGGACCUGACCUGCCUGUCAGCCAACUCCCACUCUGCUGUCUAUGGGACACAUACUGUACACCCCACUACCAGAGGUCCAGCAAGUUACCCCCCAACCUACUGCUCCAGGGACCCUUUUGUUUCGCACUGUGUGGAUUUGCCAAGUACAGCAUAGCGUUGAGAGUUGACAUGGAAUGGAAUGAUUUUUCUCUUUCAUCGAUCACAAUCGAGUAGUUUAUUGGAUUUUCAUGGUGAUGUUGUAGUUCAUAUUUUUUGGGGGGGUUCUCAAACAUUUUGAAUGCGUUAACGUGCAUACAGUAUAGGAUGUGGAUGCAGAUAUGAUAUGUAGGUGCCCUGCCCGAACAUGGAUAUUUCCUUGAAUAUGGUUAGGAAAAAAGACAAUUGUCAUAAAAACACAUGUAAAUCAUAUUAGUGUAUGUAUUAUAACAUUCAAUAUAAAACUUUAGCAUAUUCACAAACCAUAAUAACGCCAGAUGGUCAGCUUGAGCUGGCUGUAUUUGUCAUUGGUUAUGUUUAGACCCAGGAACUGUUUAUACUACCCUACAUUUUUAAAUAUAAUUUAGUAGACACUCUUAUCCAGAGCAACUUAAGCCUUCCGCAUGCUUCGGUUCGGCUGGUAAAUUAAUGAUAACUCAAGAAAUCUGUCAUUAAUUUGGACGUUUUUGCUGAGGAGACCUUAGUUGCGCAGUAUUUCUCAAGUGAAAUAAUUUGCAUGAAAACGAUAAGUCUCUCAUUGAAUGACAGCAAACAUGAAGCAAUUCCUACUGUUGACUAAUCACCGACAAAGGGGCGUAGAGUUUGGUUACCGACUUUGGCUACCGACUUUGGCUUGCAUCGAGAAAAAUGUUUGUGUGCCCUUACAUCCCAAAAAGACCUUGCAGAAGACCAAAGCGAACAAACAUUUCAUCAAACUGUUUCGGAUGGGAAGCAUGCGGACGCCUUUACAGUUAGUGCAUUCAUCUUGAGAUAGCUAGGUGAGACAUAUCACAGUCAUAGUAAGCAAAUUGUUCCUCAAUAAAGAAGUUAUCAGCAAACGUCAGUACUAGUAGGAAAACACAAGUGCACAAGCAUGAAUUAUAUGUCUUAUUUAAGAUACUUUUUGAAGAGGUAGGGUUUCAGACAUUUUCGGAAGAUGGGCAGAGACUCUGCUGUCCUGACGUUAGGGGGAAGCUCGUUCCACCAUUGGGGUGCCAGGACAGAGAAGAGUUUUGACUGGUUUGAGCGGGAGCUGACACCCCGUAGUGGUGGGAGGGCCAAGACACCAGAGGUGGCAGAGGUUCCCUCCUCUGAGGGAAUCUGGUCUAGAUGAUACAGUGUCCUGGUUACAGACAGGACUGAAACAGAGACAGCAGGGAAAGGUAUAAUAAAUAAAUUAUCUUUACUAUUUCUGUCCUCUGCAAGGGCUUGGUCACACAGGAACACUCUUUGACUUCAAUUACAUUUAUUUUAUGUAUACCAAGUCUGCAACUGGAUUAUACUUGCAAAAUCUGAAGUUGUUUUGAGAUUUGUGUUUUUUAUGAUUUACUUGAAUAAUAUGAACAAAUCGAAGGGAGAUGAUACAAUUUAUCUAAGUAUUGUUCCAUUGCACAAAAUACAUUGUUAUCAUAGUGUGAAUUUUGAGGCUACAGGGUAAUUAUUUUCAUGUGUACGUCUUUUUAUUUGCCAACGCAAAAGAUCAUGAAGAAGGCUUACCUGAAAUAAAGAUAUCUGCACACGCUUCGGUGUUGCUGCCAAACGGAGGAAUUUGAAAAUAGUGUUUUGACUGACCACUGAAAACUAUUCUGACCACUAUUCUACAGAUCAUCUGGACUUGUAUGUUUUCGAUGGAUUCGCCAAUUAAUAUCCAUGAUUUAACUCUAUCUAGCAAUUAAUACAGGUAUCUGCAUGUCUGCAAUUAAAUGAUUAUCAUUGUCCUGUAUUACCACAAACACAUAUUUGCUUCAAGGAUGAGACCUCUGAACCUGUUUGUAUCUACUGUACCAGUCAGUUCAUGCACAUCAGUUCUAAUUAUGGAUUCCAACACGCUCUCAUUCCUCAUGGCCACUAGAUGGCAUGGAUUGCCAUAUUUCAGUUUUAGGUUAUAUGUACAUUUACCAAAGGAUCCCGUUCUGUGAAACCCUCCCCUCGGGUCACAAAGUUAAACAAUUGGAUAAAUGCUGUAGUUUACGAUGCAGUAUUUGGGGGAUUUGUCUAUGUGAAACUUCAUGUGACUUUGAUCUUAAAUGUGAAAAUAUAAUGGAAUAACACAUAUAUUAAAUUGAUACAGAGUGUGAUACAUGAACCUCAGAUAUUAUGGAAUACCUGAACUGCUACAUGCUACAGGAAGAUAUUGUGACAUAUGUAUAAUACAGUAAUCUACACACACUUUAAGGGUACAAAAUAUGUUUAGAGCAUGAAUUUGUGUUUUUUAGUUAGCAUUAAAUAGUGUAGACUCCCCUGUAGUUUAGAAUUUGACAAAUAAACAUUAUUUGGAUAUUUCUGAAUGUCUAAUAUCUGUUUGAUGCUACAGAGCCUUGUACAGCUUAUAUAAAUAUAUUCUGUGAAUCCAUAAAGGCAGACAAAUUUAGAAGAUUGAUAGAAAAUAUUCAUAUUUAUUUUAUGGGGGUUCUUCAUGGGCUUAUGUUGAGCCCAAUGAUAUAUAUAUAUAUAAACCCUGGAUUGCUGAUGCAAUGUAUUGGCAAAUGAGAGGCUGUCACGUCUUCUCCCGCUCCCCCUCUUUGGCGCUCGUUGUAACCAGUUCACUCAUCAUUACGCACACCUGCCACCAUCGUUACGCGCACCUGUGCUUAAAAAUGGGACUCACCUGGACUCCAUCACGUCAUUGAUUACCUCCCCUAUAUCUGUCACUCCCUAGUCAGCAUUGUUGUUAUGUUUCUCAUGUCCAGACGCUGAUCUUGUUUUGUUUCAUGAUUAUGCAUGAUUAUUCAUGAUGAAAAUCCACAUCCUGUACUUGCUUCUCGUCUCCCAGUGUCUGUCGUUAGAGGCUUUGAAGCCACUCAGA